UGUGGGUCUGAGGGCGGGGACGAUCGCCUUUUAAGAUUGCUGCUCUAAAACAUUUUAUCCCUGAAGCUGCGGUUCCUUAGUGAUUGUGUUAUAUGCGGAUCUAUUAUAGCAAUCCAUUCAUUUUAGCCUUCUCAUUGAUGUUUCAGGGGUUUUAGUACAACGUUUACAAAACCAGUGCGUCGCGAAGAUAAAGCAGGGCUCUAAAGAAACAGCCACUUUUACCAUUAUUUCCGUCGUUUUUUUCUUUCAUUUUUUAUGCCUGAUCUAUUCGGUUUUUGGGUGGGUGUCGUUACACUAAAAUGAUCGAGAGACCAGAUUCUGCAGUUUCCACCAUAGCACAGAGGAACCUGGAGGGCUAUGUCGGUUUCGCCAACUUGCCCAACCAGGUGUACAGGAAGUCUGUGAAGAGGGGGUUCGAGUUCACGCUGAUGGUGGUUGGUGAGUCCGGUUUGGGCAAAUCCACCCUCAUCAACUCCCUCUUCCUGACUGACCUGUACUCCAAGGACUACCCCGGCCCCUCCCAGCGCAUCAAGAAGACUGUGCAGGUGGAACAGUCCAAAGUGCUGGUGAAGGAGGGCGGGGUCCAGCUCACUCUCACCAUCGUGGACACGCCAGGGUUUGGGGAUGCAGUGGACAACAGCAAUUGCUGGCAGCCUGUCAUUAACUAUAUUGACAGUAAGUGUGAGGACUUCCUGAAUGCAGAGUCCAGGGUGAACCGCAGAUUGAUGCCAGACAACAGGGUGCACUGUUGCCUGUACUUCAUCGCCCCCUCUGGUCAUGGGCUAAAGCCUCUAGACAUCGAGUUCAUGAAGCGGCUCCACGACAAAGUCAACGUAAUCCCCCUCAUCGCCAAGGCCGACACCCUCACGCCCGAGGAGUGCCAGCUGUUCAAAAAGCAGAUUAUGAAGGAGAUCCAAGAACACAAGAUCAAGAUCUACGAGUUUCCCGACACGGAGGACGACGAGGACAGCAAGCUGAUCCGCAAAAUCAAGGAGAGAAUGCCCCUCGCCGUGGUUGGAAGCAAUGUGGUGAUCGAGGUGAACGGCCGGAAGGUCAGAGGUCGUCAGUACCCAUGGGGUGUGGCAGAAGUGGAGAACGGGGAGCACUGCGACUUCACUGUCCUGAGGAACAUGCUGAUCAGGACUCACAUGCAGGACCUGAAGGACGUGACCAAUAACGUCCACUAUGAGAACUACCGCAGCAAGAAGCUGGCAGCCGUCACCUGCAACGGGGUGGACUCCACCAAAGCCAAGGGCCAGCUGACUAAGAGCCCCCUGGCACAGAUGGAGGAGGAGAGGCGAGAGCAUGUGAUGAAGAUGAAGAAGAUGGAGACUGAGAUGGAGCAGGUGUUCGAGAUGAAGGUCAAAGAGAAGAAACAAAAACUGAAGGACUCGGAGGCCGAGCUGGAGCGUCGACACGAGCAGAUGAAGAAGAACCUGGAGGCCCAGUACAAGGAGCUGGAGGAGAAGAGACGCCAGUUUGAGGAGGAGAAGAACAACUGGGAGGCACAGCAGCGCGUGGAGCAGCAGAGACUGGACGCCUCAAAGACCAUGGAAAAGAAUAAGAAGAAGGGGAAAAUCUUUUGAGAGAUUUAAGACACACUACCUUUGCAUCCAUUUCCCACUCCGUCUUAUUUCACCGGCCACCAGACAUGAUCCCCCACCCUGACACACACAGACACACACACACACACACCCGCACUCCUGGGACAGGCAAAGCACACUCCCUGCAAUUCAGUGUGAGCAUAGUAUAGCAUUCUGACCGGCUAAAUGUCAUUCAAAUAUGUUUCAGAUGGAUGUUUAGUGUAAGAAGCGCAAAUAACAUUAACUGCCAGAUUGAUGAAUUUUAAAAUGAGUUUUCCAUUGAUUGCCAAUACUUUCAUGAUUAUGCUGUAUGUUGGACCAACACUGUAUGUGUUUCCAUGGAGACCACACAGGACUUGCUGUGUCAGUGAUGUUCCGAAGGUCGUUUUCCAUCUGCCUGUGUCUGUCUGUGUGUGUGCACUUGAUGCAUUCCUCCUGAACCAUGAAACACAACCUUACUAAUGAGCAACAUUAAUCCAAAAUUAACCAGAAUGUUGCAGCCUGUAACUGGUGAUUCAUGAAAAUAUUUUUAUAGAAAACAUUUGAAUAGAUGUCAAACGAAAUGCAUGCCUGUCCAGAACAGUAUUAAUGUUAUGAUGAAGAUGAUGAUGACGACGAUGAUGAUGCCCCCCUUUCCUGACCAUUCCCCACAUUCCCCAGUCAAGCUACCCUUUUUUAUUGGUAGACAAGUAUUGUCUUUUUUAAUGGGUUUUUUUGUAUGUAUACCAUCUUCAACUCUUACUCUUUCAGUCUCACCCCACCACAUAACUGUACAUUAAUAUGAAAAAUGGAAACGAA